AAAAGCUGGCAGCUGAGCUCUCACAUCAGUUUGGCACUUCGAGGUGGACACAGCCAUCACAGGACAGGAGCUUUUACCUUUUACCUUGACCUUUUGCGGAGAUGAUUCUUCUCUACCUGUUGGCUUUAAGUCUGAGCUUGCAAUGCCAGACCGAUGCAACGCUGAGCAGGAGCUUCAUCGAAAGCAAUGUGCUCAUUGCAAAAGCCAACGUGGACGCGGCCUAUUCCUACUCGAGACAAGUUUCCGUCGAACGCGUCAGAAGAAAUGCGGUGAGCCCCUCAGACGUCCUGCGCCUGAUGAAGCAACCCCGUGGUGUAUCCAGACUGGCAGUGCGAGCAGCAGACUACAUGGAUUACACCGUGGAGCUCAUCACCAAGUCUCUCCAACAGCGCCAAAAGCGAUCCAUCAACGCCACAGAUCUGCUCUCCGAGGAGGACCUGCAGACCAUCGCUGAGCUGACAGGCUGCACUCCACUCCAGCGACCUCCUUCCUGCAAGACGACUCCCAAUUUAAACGUGUAUCGCACUGCAACCAGCGUCUGCAACAAUAGAGAGAACCCUCGCUGGGGAUCAUCCAACAGACCUCUGACCCGCUGGCUCCCUGCUGUGUAUGAGGAUGGCAUCUCUAGGCCUAGAGGCUGGACCCCAAGUCAAAAAGUCAACGGAUUUAUUCUUCCAAUGGUCCGGGUGGUGUCCAACCGUAUCGUGGCAGCUAAUAAUAUGGUUCCGAGUGACCCCCUCUACAGCCACCUGGUGACAAUCUUUGGGCAGUGGACUGACCACGACCUGUCCUUCACCCCCCAUUCUCCCGUCAUCCGCUCAUUCAAUGAUGGCAUUGACUGCGACCAAACUUGUGAAAACACAGAGCCCUGCUUCCCCAUCCAGAUUCCCAGCUAUGACCCCCGCUUUGGCAGGAACUCAAAUGAGUGCAUACCUUUCUUCCGGUCAGCACCAGGUUGUGGUUCUGGAAACACAGGCCACAUCUUUGGCGCAAGAAACCCCCGUCAGCAGAUGAACACUCUCACAGCCUACAUUGAUGCAGGUCAGGUCUACGGUGCUGAUGAUACCAAAGCUCGCCUCCUCCGGAACCUCACGACAGACGAGGGCCUAUUGAAGGUCAACAUGAAGUACACAGAUGACGGCCGUGAGCUGCUGCCAUUCGACAGCAUGGACUCCAGAAUGUGUGCCACCCGAAGACGCAUUACCAAUGACAGUAAUGCAGAGGAGGUGCUCUGCUUUCUUGCAGGUGAUUCACGCGUAAAUGAGAACAUUGCGCUGACCUCUCUACACACACUCUUUAUGCGCGAGCACAACCGACUUGCCCGUGCCCUGGCCCAACUCAAUCCUCACUGGAACGGAGAGAAACUCUACCAGGAAGCCCGCAAGAUCAUGGGAGCAUACUUUCAGGUUAUCACUUACAGAGACUACUUAGGCCUGAUUGUUGGCCCAGACUUCAUGGCCUCGCACCUGUCCACCUACCCUGGGUAUGACGAGACUGUGGAUGCAAGCAUCUCCAAUUCGUUUGCCACGGCUGCCUUCCGAUUCGCCCACCUGCAGGUUCAGUCGUUCAUAUUCCGUCUAAAUGAGACAUACCAGGAGCACCCUCAAUACCCCAACGUGAUGCUGCACAGAGCCUUCUUUGCACCAUGGAGGGUCAUCUUUGAAGGUGGUUUGGACUUAAUCGUGAGAGGGCUGGUAGGUGAGAGGGCAAAGCUGAACACUCAGGAUGACAUGAUGAGUAAUGAACUGAGGGAAAGGCUGUUCGAGUUCUCCAAUCAUGUGGCACUGGAUCUGGCUUCACUGAACAUGCAGAGAGGGCGAGACCAUGCACUUCCUGGCUACAACAAAUGGCGCAAGUUCUGUGGACUAUCACAACCACAAAAUCUGACACAGUUGGCAGAAGUGUUGAACAACACAGAUCUAGCCAAGAGGCUGCUGCAUCUCUAUGGCACAACCGACAACAUUGAUCUGUGGCUGGGAGGUGUGUCUGAGCCAUUUGUCAGAGGAGGAAGAGUUGGACCCUUGUUUGCCUGCCUGAUUGCCACUCAGUUCCAAAAGAUCCGUGAAGGAGACCGAUUCUGGUGGGAACAUGACGGUGUCUUCACUGAGGCUCAGAGGGAGUCUCUGGCAGAAACAUCACUUGCCCGGAUCAUCUGUGACAACACUGGCAUCACGGAAGUACCUGAGAGACCUUUACUGUUCCGACCUCGGGGUAGUGGUUACACUCAGUGCACGGACAUGCCUGUCUUUGACCUGAGCCCAUGGCAGGAGAACGGUACCUCACCUGGAUCCCCUGGAAACCAAGGCCCUCCUGGACCCAGAGGACCUCCAGGACCCAGAGGACCAGUUGGCCCCAGAGGUCCCCCUGGACCUUCUUCCAACAUGCACAAAGUGGCCUUCUCUGUGCGACUGGCAAAUGACUACCCCAGAUCUGGUCAACCUGUUGUCUUCCCCGACGAAGUCUACAAUGAGCAGAAGUCCUACGACAGUAGAACUGGGUAUUUUAUCUGUAAGUACCCAGGUGUUUAUGAGUUUACAUUCUACUGUAGGAUCAACAAAUAUGCCGCCAGUGUGGAUCUGAUGCUUAACAGUGGCCGGGUUGUGCAUUCGUAUACCACCCGGCGAAGAGGUUUCCUCACAGCCAGUGGCGGGAUCAUCCUUAAGCUUGUGAAGGGAGACAAAGUCUGGCUGGUGGCUAACCAUAAAGGGAAUGGUCUUCUCAAAGACAGCUUCUUCAAUGGGCAUCUUCUCUUUGAGUAGACCUGCUAUGCUUGCUGACCCACAACACUCUCAAUACCCUGCAAGAAAUCAGUAGUUUUUUCCAUUUAAUUCUAUAUUUCACACCUUUUAAAUGCUUCCAACCCCUGUUUUGUAGUUUUCUACUGUUAGAAGCCCAUACAUUGAGAGUUACCUCACUCCAAAGCAACAUAUGUCUUAAAAUGGAAUUUUAUUUUGCUGUGAACCUUGCUGGAAAAAGCACAAUACUGUAUACCCUGUUACUUUGCUUUACUGUUUUAAAACUUUGUUUUGAAUGAAGGAACAUACAUAAAAGCACUAGUGUACGAGAAUAGGGAAGGAUGACUUAUUAUACAUACCUAAUUAAGUAGUAAAAGAAACAAUGUGAACUUUUUAAAAAAAAAAUACCUAAUUUGCUAUAUUUUCUUUUGAAUUAAUCAUUUUAUUGUAUUUUACAAACUUUUACAAAUGAUUGCUUUGCAGCCUUUGUUUGACAAAUGAAUGUAAAUUAUCAGGUAAGCCUUGCAUGAGGUGAAAUUGAGUUAGAGGUGAAAUUGAGUUAGAGCUACAACUUUUAACUUAUUCUUUUUGGGUCAAACUUUGGUUUGCCCAAAGUUUGAGUGUAUAAUUUUAAGUCCUUGUGAGUUUGACAGUAAUAAAUACAUAUUGCAAAUUAAUCUCUGACGGUGGAUUAUGGUACAGCACUCUACUUUAGGAGAUAAAACCAUUUGUUUGACAACUCAGAAAACCCACAGCUGCCAGUGUUCCUAACUAGACCAGUAGAUGGCGCUGAUAUACCAGUUUUUAAGAAGAGAGAAGAGAAGGCAGACACAAGAACAACCACCUUUGGAUUAAUUUCAGUCACUACACUACACAUAGGACAUAAUGCUUGCUGUUAAGUUAAAAUGUAGAUUUUUAAUCAAUGUCAUGCAAAAAAAUCUGAUGAAAUAAAGUUUAAUCUUUGCUUUA